CCAAACAGAGAUCCCAGAACGCUCAAGAUGGGUAAUAAACUCCGAGAGUUGGUUCAGAUACUUUGGUUUCUAUCGCUUUGUAGCGUCUCCAACUUUGGACUCUGUAGUGAGGUUGAGUCCCCUCGAAACAAACGUCUCUUCUCACUCUUUCAAAUUAUCACGUUCCCGAAUGACCCAUGCGUUGGAAACGCAGGUAAAAAUGGAACAUGCUACACCAAUGAAGAGUGCAACUCUCGAAGAGGCAGCUCCGGAGGAACAUGUGCCCAAGGAUAUGGAGUUUGUUGUACAUUUACUAUCAACUGCGGAGCCACCUCAAAUGAGAACUGCACCUACUUUGAAUCUGCCGGCUCCGAAAUUGGAGGUUGUCGAGCCACGAUUUGUCCAUGUGGAGAUAACAUUUGUCAGCUCCGAUUGGACUUUGAUAUGUUUGUCAUCAGUGGACCAUCAACAUCGGCCGACGUGAUUGGAAUGGCCACAUCGGGACAAAUUAGUGGGGCGGGCCAACCAGUCUCCAGUCAAACUCGGUGUCUCACCGAUAUAUUUAGCGUUGGAGAUCCCAACGGAUGUGCGCCUCCUACCAUUUGUGGUACCAAUAGUGGAGAACACAUGUAUGUGGAUGCUGCUGAUGCUUGCAACGACUUGACAUUUGAAUUGGGUCAGCAAGGGCAAGGCACAGGGAUCGCCGAUCGCCAAUGGAGCAUAAAGGUGACCCAAUAUUCUUGCGACUCGAAAAAUCUCGCGCCAGAGGGCUGCACGCAGUAUUUCUUUGGCAACGAUGAAGGAGCCAUUCAAACGUAUAAUUAUGUCAACGGAAUUCACUUGGCCAAUCAAGAUCAGAACAUAUGUAUCAGACGAGAACGCGGUAAUUGCCAGAUAUGUUACACCACCGAAGAGGACGAGGACUUCAGUGUCUCCGGAAUGGCAGUGACCGUCAAAACCGCAGGUGAUAUGUGUUGUGGAUAUGGUACAGAUGGCAUGGGCACUACGGGUUAUGAUUGCAUCCAAAUUCCCGGAGCACAGGUGAAAACGGGCGCGAUGACGAGGAUUCAAGAUGUGAUUUGUGGAUCUGGCAAAGGAAUCGGAAUCAAUGGAGACACCAAGACCAUUUGUAGCAAUAUCCAUCCAUUUAACCUCCGAUUCACAUCGGAUCAAUUCGACUUCAUGACGGAAACGGGAAUCAAGGGAUUCCGUCUCUUGUACUCCCAAAACUCGAUGGAUUGCUAGGACGGAUUUUAUAUGUAACAUGUAUGUUGUUUCUUUAUUAGUAUGUCAGCAUUGUAUUGAAAUAUAUUUUCCAGCUUUGAUUAACAUUAUUGAAAACAUUGUCCGCAUGCAGUCCAAGCAAAAACUUCUCUGCAAAUAUUAUAACCUCAUUGUAAGUAGUAGGGCUCUCUAGUAGAAGAGUACGAGCAUGAAAAGUGACCCCAGACGGGCGCAGCCUCCA